GUGUGUGUGUGUGUGUGUGGGCGGCACUGACCGGAUUCAAAUGUGACACUUGAUCUGACUUCACUUCGUACGUGGAAGGAACGAACGUUCACUCAGCUUUCUGUGUGUUUCUGUGUGUUUGUGUCGGUGGAGCCGCGGAAGCACCGAGGAAUAUAAAGUUCUCUUCAAAGUUUCAGGUCUAACUUGGUGCAGAUGCAGGAGGUCAGUAAGGCCCGCAGCCUGGAUGAUGACAUGGUGGAUGGAGACCUGGGUGACGGAAUGGGAGUUGGAGCAGCACCCAGCUCUACGAGGAAGAAGAGCCAGAGCUUCGCUGGUGUCACAGAGACCCUGAUCCCUGGAGCAGAGCAUCUCAGGCGCAGCAGCCAGACAGUAGAAGCACCCUGGAUCCCUGGACUAAAGAGUGGAGAGGCACAGCAUAGAGCCCGCUGGAAACUGUCACGCUCCGCAGACUCGCUGCUUGAGCUGUCCAAGGAGGAGCUGAAAGACAGACUACAGGAAGCAAGUGAGGUGAUAGACGCACUGUGCUGUGAGCUGGAGGUGACACACCGUUACCUUGAAGGCAAAUAUGAAGCUCUGAGGAUCUUACAAGGGAAGGCCAUUCUUGACAAAGCCACGAGUCACACUAAAAGUCUGGUGCAGAAAAGUGAAGACAGGGCCAAGGCUCUGGAGAAGGAGGUGAACAGUUUGCAGUGGGAACUCAGCUUCAGCCAGGUCCAGAUGAAGAGGUCUCAACAGUCCUGUGAGCAGAAAUACAACAGAAUUUUGAAUGAGAACAAGACUCUGACUGAUACCCUGGAGGAAAGAGCGAUUGAGAUCCAGCAGCUCCGAGCAGAAAAUUCUGCUCUAAGUCGGCAGUGCUUGGAGCUUCUCUCCAUGUUGAAUGUGAAGGAGCAGAGAACUUACCAAGGGACCAAACCUCAGUACAGCCUGCAUACUGACUCAAGUGUUCUGGAGCUGGCAGUGUUGGGGGCUUGCCGGUGUCUUGGUACUGCUGAAGCUUGUCCGUGCAGUCGGACUGCUGCUGCCAGCAGGAAGCAGCUCAUCCAGCUACAACAGGAGCUGAAUGAUCAGUGUUCAAGGAGAGAGGAGGCGUUGAUGGUCGCAGAUGCUUUCCGCAUCGCCUUUGAACAGCAGCUGAGGAAACGCAGUGAGCACUUCCUGCGGCUGGCUGAGGCCAACAGAGGCCUGAAAUCCCCUCACUACAAGGCUGAAGGUGUUAAGAGGAGUCCUCUAAUCAGUGUAAGCCAGAGGCUGAGAGGAUUGUUGCCUUCCAGUUUGGAAGUGAAGAUGCCUGAUGAUCUUUCAGAGACCCUUUACCGACUGCUGGACUUGCUGAAUGACAAGGAGGAGGCCCUGGCCCACCAGAGGAAGGUGAGCAUCAUGUUAGCUCACAGCGCUGAGGAGCUGCAAAGAAAGUUACAUCUAGAUUCACAUUGCGGCCCAUCAGAGAACCAGUGCAAGUGUCAGCAAACACCUGAAACUUCAGAGUCAAAUCACGAGUCCAACAUUCAAGAACAACAACAGCAGCACCUAGAGGUGCCAGACCCAUCAGAGAUCCAGAGCCAGUGUCAGCAAACAUCUGAGACUUCAGAGUCAAACCAAAAGUCCAUCAUUCAAGAACAGCAACAGCAUCUAGAGGUGCCAGACCCAUCAGAGAUCCAGAGCCAGUGUCAGCAAACAUCUGAAACUUCAGAGUCAAACCACGAGUCCAACAUUCAAGAACAACAACAGCAACUAGAGGUGCUAGACCCACCAGAGAUCCAGAGCCAGUGUCAGCAAACAUCUGGAACUUCAGAGUCAAACCAAAAUUUGAUCGUUCAAGAACAACAACAGCAACAACUAGAAGUGUCAGAUCCAUCAGAGAACCAGAGCCAGUGUCAGCAAACAUCUGAAACUUCAGAGUCAAAUCAUGAGUCCAACAUUCAAGAACAACAACAGCAACAACUAGAAGUGCCAGACCCAUCAGAGAUCCAGAGCCAGUGUCCGCAAACAUCUGAGACUUCAGAGUCAAACCAAAAGUCCAUCAUUCAAGAACAGCAACAGCAACUAGAGGUGCCAGACCCAUCAGAGAACGAGAACUGGUGUCUGCAAACAUCUGAAACUCAGUCAAACCACAAGUCCAACAUUCAAGAACAGCAACAGCAACAACUAGAGGUGCCAGAUCCAUCAAAAAUCCAGAGCCAGUGUCAGCAAACAUCUGAGACUUCAGAGUCAAACCACGAGUCCAACAUUCAAGAACAACAACGGCAACUAGAGGUGCCAGAUCCACCAGAGAUCCAGAGCCAGUGUCCACGAACAUCUGAAACUUCACAGUCAAACCAAAGGUCCAUCAUUCAAGAACAACAACAGCAACACCUAGAGGUGCCAGAUCCAUCAGAGAACCAGAGCCGGUGUCAGCAAACAUCUGAAACUUCAGAGUCAAAUCACAAGUCCAACAUUCAAGAACAUCAACAGCAAUUAGAGGUUCCAGACCCAUCAGAGAACCAACGCCAAUGUCCAUGAACAUAUGAAACUUCAGAGUCAAACCAAAAGUCCAUCAUUGAAGAACAACAACUGCAACUAGAGGUGCCAGUUCCCCAGCUUCAGUCUAGGACCGAACUGGAUACUGAAACUAAUACUAAGGAGUUUUCAGACCCAUUGCAGACCAGCUUCCAGUCACUGUCUAACCAUGCAUUUGAAAUCCAAAAUAAAGACCAGUGACAGUUUGUCCAGUCAUGAGUGACAAUGACUUGUGUCACAGUAGGAAGAGUUCCUGGGAGUUUCUCAUAUGAAGUGACUCUUUAACAAAAUUGUAUAAAACAUUUGACUUGAUCAAUCUUUUCCUAACAUGUAAAUCACACUGAAUGUGUAAUGGAUUCUCCUUAUUUAUCACCUCAGCUGCCCUCUACUGUUAACCACACAUAACUUAGUGACCAGCAUAUUAAAUAGAGCAAACAAGAUAAUAUACUAUCUUCACUAUAUUUCUGUAAAUAUUGUUUUUUUUUUUCAUUUAACUGCUGUGACCCUCAUGGUACCCAUUACUGAGACAAUUUUUAAAGAAUUCUCUCCUCAGCCUUCAUUCUGAAUUACAGUUGUAGAUCUUGGAAAACUUUAAAAUAUGAAAUAACUACAUUUAGACUGAGAGAAAAUGGUCAUCCAUUCUGUGCUGCUAAUACUUUUUUAUGCAUUCCAUUAUCUUUUCAAAUGUGUUUCAUAUCUGGGGUGUCAACAUGGGCAGUGUGCAGGAUCACACUGUAUCAAAAACAAACUUCUAGACUGGAAUAUACAUUUCAAAAGGAGAACCUACUGGAUGUAGUAAGGCGGUUAAGUUAAUACAGGACUGUAACCCACGACAUGUUCAUAAUAUAAAAUAGUGCAAAAUGUGAACAGAUUAAAAAAUAUGGUCGUUUUUUUCUUUUUUCAGUUUUUUCUUAAUCUAACAUAGUGUUGAAUUCACACAUUAAAAUUGAAUUGUUGAAUUCAUUCAUUUAUGUAGACUUAAUUUUCAAUGGAGUAAUGGAGUACACAUAUAAAGUAGCAUAUAAUGGAAAAACAUUGUAGUUUUACAGCACUUCAGUUACAUUUUCCAAAAUAAAGGUAACCCUCGAAAAACCUACUAGAGUAUAAAAGUUAAAUGUAAAUCAUACCCAUCAUAUAUUAUUAACAUAUAUUUAUAUAUGAACUAAGUUUUAGUUCUACUUCUAAUGUCUCUAAAAUAAUAAACAAGUAAUAACUUUGCGAUACUGUCAUAAGCCAUGUAGAGUGGUCACUAAAGGAUCAGUUCACCCAAAGUGCAAAAAUCUGUUUUCUCAUGAACCCUGAGUCGUAUCCAGCCAUUACUCUGUGGAUUACUGUAAUCUACAAACCUCACUGUCAACUGCUGAAGAAAUAAUUUCUAUGACAAAUGAUCCAGAGUAACAGGGGUGUGUGAAAGCAGCUGUUAAAUAUUUUAUCUGUAAUAUUUUAUCUGUUUUAUAUGUAGCACAGCCUCUCUGGUCUGUUUUCUUGUCAUUUAACCAGAGGGUGGCUUGUGCAUGUGUUAUUUUUGAGUAACAGCAUGCCGCACAGGAAGCUAACCAGCUGAGGGCAAUGUUUGUCCACUUGUGUCCUCAGAAUGGUUCUCCUCUGUGCACAUACAGUUUAGUCCAUCACAUUUAAUUUAUGUUGCUAUUUAUUCUUCCAGCAUUAAUCGAAUGAGAACUCACACUAAUAAAUACUGAUGUGACCACA